GACACACAUCCCUAGCUUAAGUUGACAAACAACAGUAUAAACAAAGUGAAACUGUGAAAAAACGAAAAACUGAACUACAAUCUGUAAUUGUCUACAAUUUUAAUAUAAAAAUGGUUAUUGGCAACGAAGAAAACUCGCCAUCGGCUGCUUCACCACCAUUGGAUGAGGAGGAUUCACCACCGCUACCACCUCCACCAAGCGAGGCAUUGGGUGAAUUGCUGGAACAAAUGGAGGAUUAUAUACCGACCGUACCAGAUGCGCUGACUACACGUUAUCUUAAUCAAGCUGGUUUCGAGACUAUGGAUCCACGUAUCGUACGCAUAAUAUCGGUUGCUGCACAAAAAUUUAUAUCUGAUAUUGCCAACGACGCUUUGCAGCAUUGCAAGACGCGCACAAGUAGCCAACAUUCUGGUGGCCACGGUUCAAAUAAGGACAAAAAACCAAAUAAGGAUCGUCGUUACACUUUGGCUAUUGAAGAUCUGACACCAGCAUUAGCUGAUCAUGGUAUAACUAUGCGAAAACCACAAUAUUUUGUUUAAAUUACGAUUCUCAUCCAUAUAUAUAUAUAUACAUUUCAUUCAAUGAUCAACAACUUAAAUAAAUCACUGAAAAACAUUAGAUUGAA